AUGAAUUCGGAAACAAAUAAAGUAUGGACAGGGGAUGAGGUUAGAAGACAAUUCGUGGAAUACUUUAAAGAAUUGGAUCACACAUUUUACAGAUCAUCUCCGGUAAUUCCCUUGAAUGACCCAACAAUAUUAUUUAUUAAUGCUGGAAUGAAUCAGUUUAAGUCAAUAUUCUUGGGAACUGUUGAACCAAAUUCAGAACUAAGUAAAUUAGUAAGAGUUGUAAAUUCUCAGAAAUGUAUUAGAGCUGGAGGGAAACAUAAUGAUUUAGACGAUGUAGGAAAGGAUGUUUAUCAUCAUACAUUUUUUGAAAUGUUGGGAUCAUGGUCUUUUGGCGAUUACUUUAAAGAAGAAGCAAUAGGUUGGGCAUUCAAAUUGUUGACCCAAGUAUAUGGUAUUUCAAAGGAUAGAUUAUACGCAACAUAUUUUGGAGGUGAUCCUAAGUUACCACUUUGUCCUCCUGAUGAAGAGGCUAAAAGAAUAUGGCUAAAAUAUUUACCAGAAGGAAGAAUAUUAUCGUGUGGUAGCAAAGAAAAUUUCUGGGAAAUGGCUGAUACCGGCCCAUGUGGUCCUUGUUCUGAAAUACAUUAUGAUAGAAUUGGAGGAAGAGAUGCAUCAUCACUGGUUAAUAAAGAUGAUCCUGACGUUAUUGAGAUAUGGAAUCUUGUAUUUAUGCAAUAUUAUAGAGAAAUUGAUACUACAUUAACACCUUUGCCCAGGAAAUGUGUAGAUACAGGUAUGGGGCUUGAAAGAUUGGUUUCUAUAUUACAAAAUAAAACAAGUAAUUAUGAUAUUGAUCUAUUUAAACCAAUAUUUGACCAAAUUUAUCAAGUCAUUUCUUCUUCAGGAGUUCAAAUUCCACCUUACUCUGGAAAAGUUGGUGAGAUUCAAGAUCCUAAUAUGAUUGAUAUGUCAUAUAGAGUUAUUGCUGAUCAUAUUCGAACUUUAACUAUUGCAAUUGCAGAUGGUUGUAUCCCAAGUAACGAGGGAAGAGGAUAUGUAUUAAGGAGAAUCUUAAGAAGAGCUAUUAGAUAUGGAUCUCAGUAUUUAAAAGCUGGCAAUAAUGGUGAACCUUGGUUUUAUAAAUUAGUUGACAGUGUUUCAAAUAUUAUGGGUGGUUAUUAUAAAGAAAUACCUGAAAAUAUCCAGACUAUUAAAGAAGUCAUUCUAGAUGAGGAAAAGCAGUUCUCUAAAACAUUAUUUAAAGGAACUGAGAGAUUUAACAAGGUCAUUAAUAAAUUAAAGUCUUGUGAAAAAAAUCAGGAAAAUGGAAAUAAUAAUAGAAUAUUCCCACCAAGUGAGGCUUUCCAAUUAUAUUCUACUUAUGGAUUCCCAAUGGAUUUGACAGAAUUAAUGGCUAAAGAACAAAACUUUGAUUUUGACCGUCAAGGAUUCCAAAUCUGUAUGGAAAACCAUCAUUUAGCUUCUGAAGGGAAAAAUAAUAAGUCUUUUGAUGAUUUAAUUCUCAAACCUGAUAUACAAAAUGCCUUACUUUUCGAUUUUGGAUUAAAAGAAACUGAUGACCAAUACAAAUACCACUCCCAGUUUCAAACUAAAAACUUUUAUUCUAACUUGAUUGCUAUUUUUGAUGGAAAUCAAUUAUUAAACAGCAUUGAAAUACAAAGUAAAAUUAUUGGAUUGAUAUUUGAUAAAACUACAUUCUAUUCAGAGUCUGGUGGACAAGUUGCUGAUACUGGUUUUAUUGAUUUUCUAUACAAUGAUUGUGAAACCAGUAAAUUUCAAGUAAUUGAUUGCAAAAAAUUUGGUAAAUAUGUGUUACAUAUAGGUAUAUUAUUAGAAGGGAAGAUUGAAAUUAAUACAGAAUUAAAGUCUUUAAUGUCUGUGGACUAUUGUAGAAGAAAUCUGAUCAAAAAAAAUCAUACAGGAACUCAUAUUUUGAAUUUUGCAUUAAGACAAAUACUUGGAAGUACCUGUGAUCAAAAAGGUUCUGUUGUUGAUCCCAAUAGAUUAAGAUUUGACUUCUCAUCUCAAAAACCACUUAGUUUGGAACAGAUUGAAGAAAUUGAGAAGAUGAUUAAUAAUAUUGUACAAGAAAAGCAAAAUGUUUAUUGUCAGAUUCUUGAAUUAUCUAUAGCUAAACAAAUACCUAAUAUUAGAGCUAUAUUUGGUGAAACUUAUCCAGAUCCUGUACGUGUAUUAUCUGUUGGUAAACCUAUUGAAUCUCUAGUCAAUUCACAAGAUGAUUCUAAUAAUCAAGAAAAGGUAUCUAUAGAGUUUUGUGGAGGUACUCAUAUUGAAAAUACCGGUGAAAUUAUUUCAUUUUCUAUUUUAAGUGAAGAGGGUAUUGCCAAAGGUAUUAGGAGAAUUGUAGCAGUAACUGAUAAUCAAUCUGAAACUGCUAUAGAAAAUGCUAAGAAGCUUCAACAAGAAUUUAAUAAACUUAAUGAAUUAAAUGGUAAAGAACUUGAAACUUUAUUAAAUUCUCUUAAGGCUAAAUUAGAUGAAACUAAAUUAUUACCUUUGGUAUAUAGAAGAAAAUUUUCUCAAGUAAUUGAAGAACAUUAUAAAAAAAUAAUUGCAGAUGCUAAAAAGAGACAAAAAGAAAGAUUAAAUAUGGCUAAAGAAUUAGCUACAAAAAUUGGACAGGAUUAUUCUCAACAUUUACCUUCAAAAGAUGAAUUUCCAAGUCUUAUUUUGAACCUUAAACAAAUUGAAGGAGAUUCAAAGUCAAUGGAUGUAAUUGGACAAGAUCUUUCUAAGAAAUAUCCAGAAACUCCAAUCAUGCUUUUCACAUCUGGUGAGUUUAAUGAUAAUGGAGUUUCUGUAAUUUCUAUCAUGCCUAAAUCUAAAUCUGAUAAACUAUCUUCAUCUAAUUGGCUUAAAUCAACUAUUGAAUUAUGCAAUGGUAAAUGUGGAGGAACGGAUCUCAGAUCUGUUGGAUCUUCUAAGAAUGGUGCUGAAUUGAUUGACUCAAUGGUUAAGCUUGCUUUAGAUCUUUUAAAGCAACAUAAUAUUUGA